GCGCCUUGGCUCUGCCCCCGGGAGCGGAGCGAGCCGCGGCUCCCUCGUGGUGUGAGGGCGGUGAUGUUUUUCCUCCCACCCACUUUUGAGUCCCCCCUCCCCCCUCGCGCGCACUCUAACUCUCGCCACAACCUGCGAGCCCCAGACCUCGGAGGAGCGCCCCGGGGAGCUCGGAGCGCGUGCACGCGUGGCAGACGGAGGAGGCCAGUGCCCAGCUUGAGUACACCGGGCCUGGAAGGUUCUGAACUGAGUUUUACAGUGCUCCAAACAAGAAAAAAGUGGAAAAUGGGAGGCAUGAAAUAUAUUAUUUCCUUGUUCUUGUUCUUUCUAUUCCUAGAAGGAAGCAAAACAGAGCAAGUCAAACAUUCAGAGACAUAUUGUGUGUUUCAAGACAAAAAGUACAGAGUGGGUGAGAGAUGGCAUCCUUACCUGGAACCUUAUGGGUUGGUGUACUGCGUCAAUUGCAUCUGCUCAGAGAACGGCAAUGUGCUUUGCAGCCGAGUCAGAUGUCCAAACCUCCAUUGCCUCUCUCCUGUGCAUAUUCCUCAUCUGUGCUGUCCUCGCUGCCCAGAAGACUCUUUACCUUCUGUGAACAAUAAGGUGACCAGCAAGUCGUGUGAGUACAAUGGUACCACUUACCAACAUGGAGAGCUAUUCGUGGCUGAAGGGCUCUUUCAGAACCGGCAACCUAAUCAAUGCACCCAAUGCAGCUGUUCGGAGGGGAAUGUGUAUUGUGGUCUCAAGACUUGCCCCAAACUAACCUGUGCAUUCCCAGUCUCUGUUCCAGAUUCUUGCUGCCGGGUGUGCAGAGGAGAUGGAGAAUUGUCGUGGGAACAUUCUGAUGGUGAUAUCUUCCGGCAACCUGCCAACAGAGAAGCAAGACAUUCUUAUCACCGCUCUCACUAUGAUCCUCCACCAAGUCGACAAGCUGGAGGUCUGCCCCGCUUUCCAGGGGCCAGAAGCCACCGGGGAGCUCUUAUGGAUUCCCAGCAAGCGUCAGGGACCAUCGUGCAGAUUGUCAUCAACAACAAACACAAGCAUGGACAAGUGUGUGUUUCCAAUGGAAAGACUUACUCCCAUGGCGAAUCCUGGCACCCAAACCUUCGGGCAUUUGGCAUUGUGGAAUGUGUGCUUUGCACUUGUAAUGUCACCAAGCAAGAGUGUAAGAAAAUCCACUGCCCCAGUCGAUACCCCUGCAAGUAUCCUCAGAAAAUAGAUGGAAAGUGCUGCAAGGUGUGUCCAGGUAAAAAGGCAAAAGAUUUCCCCAGUCUAGUACAUUCAGCUCUUGGAGAGGAGAGAGUGGUGGUGCAGAAUGAUUCUUCAGGAUACUGGGAGAACUUUGAGCAUAUUACAGAAGAACUUCCAGGCCAAGGCUUUGACAGCAAAGGCUACUUUUGUGGAGAAGAAACAAUGCCUGUGUAUGAGUCUGUGUUCAUGGAGGAUGGGGAGACUACUAGAAAAAUUGCACUGGAGACUGAGAAACCACCUCAGGUAGAAGUCCACGUUUGGACCAUUCGAAAGGGCAUCCUCCAGCACUUCCAUAUUGAGAAGAUCUCCAAGAGAAUGUUUGAGGAGCUCCACCACUUCAAGUUGGUGACCAGGACAACCCUGAGUCAGUGGAAGAUAUUCACUGAAGGAGAAGCUCAAAUCAGCCAGAUGUGUUCAAGCCGUGUAUGCAGAACAGAGCUCGAAGAUUUGGUCAAGGUUUUGUACCUGGAGAGAUCUGAAAAGGGCCACUGUUAGGCAAGACAGACAGUAUUGGAUAGGGUAAAGCAAGAAAACUCAAGCUGCAGCUGGACUGCAGGUUUAUUUUGCUUAAGUCAACAGUGCCCUAAAACCCCAAAUUCAAAUGCAGUCAAUUAUUCACGCCAUGCACAGCAUAACAUGUUCCUUUAUGUGAAGUGGUGUGUCAGCUCUUAAACAUCUCCUCCAAGGAGACUGGACAAGUCUUGAAUGAUUUGUGGGAGGAGGUGGAGGGACGAAACAUCACAACACGGCUCUAAUUUCUUGGAGAAUCACAUUUCUUUACAGGUUCAAGAGCAAACAAACCCCAGGGUUUCUAUCCAGAAACUUAUUCAAAUGAAAGAAAGAGGAGGGAAUAGCUGAGGAGUUCUGGAGUACAGAGCGAUUAUUUGUACGAAAUUAUACUCUUUGAAUUCUAGAAUGCCUCGUGUUCUUUAAGAAAGCUAACUCCCUGUUCACACAUGUACACACACAUACGUGUGCACACACACAUAUGCACACCUACACACACAUUAAACUACAGCCUCCAUUUAGAACUAAAGCCAGCGUAGGGUGUAGCUGUAUACUUCUUUCCUUUACCUCACUGCCAGCUAGCUUGGAAGUUGUUGGUGACCAGCAGAAUACAUUUAAAAAUGUAAUCAGAAGGCUCUGCCCGUAGCUCUUUGCUGUGGCUGUUGAAGUCACGAACUGUAGUGGCAUGGUGAAGAUUAAGAACACUAUUUCCUGUCCCCACCUACUUCGAAGUGGAAACUAACUUUCCCCUAAUGAUACCACCUAUCCCUUCUCCCUGAACCUGUGGGGCCUCUGUAAAUAACUGAGAAUUGAAUAUGAAUACAAUUCUCAGAAACUGAAUUCAUAGAAGACAAAGAAAUUGUUGAAGAAAGGAGUUGAUAAAAGUUAAAAGGCCAUCUUUUUGUUUUCAUAUCCAUAAAACUGACCAAUUAAUAGAUCAGUACUCAGUAAUUUUCUUAAGGCAUCGUUUGUGUAGCCAGAACAUUUAGAUUAAAGUGUGAAGCUCCUUUUAAAAGGACAACUUUCCUUCUUCUCCACUUGCAAGGGCUGAUUUUUACCUUGCAAGGUGGCUUAGUCUUCCUGAGCUUCUGUCUGUGCGUUCUGAGAAUAAGAGAGUCAUUGCUCGCUUAAAGAGCUGGCGACUCUGAUAAAAAAUGUUGAUCCCAAACCGUUUUACCAUUCUUGCCUUAUCCAAGCAUGGGUUUGAGUUGGGGAUUCCAAAGUAGGCUGCACUUAAAAUGUAUGUGCAGUGCAAUAGCAGAGCAUAAAUACUCCGUUCUGAAGUUUGGCUUCAGAAGUCAUCUUGGUGGGAAAUCUACUCAUUCUUCACAGGAAGGAUCCCGAGCCUGCCUUCUGGAUUUGGUCCCUCUGAGGGCACGAAUGAGCUCUAGUGAGUACUUAGAAAUGCUAAGGAACCCGAAGGCCCUUAUUUCCUACUCUGUGGCCCUAGUUGAGAGAACAUUGUUUGUCUUUAGAUUACUUGACACUGAGAGGGAGAAAUAUAAAAGGUCCAGUCUUUAUGGCCAUAUGGCAUAAAGGAGUCAGUUGUCACAAAGGAGACACGUGGUCUGUGGCCAGGACUACAUAGAACAAGGCUCUCACCAGUGCAAUGCACACACACAUUCUCUUCGAGAGAGGGAGAUGACAGACCUUGGGCUGAAGGGCCUCAGAGCUUUAGUGUGCGUGUGUGUGAUGGGGUGGGGUGGUUAGGCAGCUGCUGCCUCCCCUGGCCUCCCCUCCCCUAAGGUGGCAGGGUUUCCCUAGUGUGGAGACCAGUAAUCAGAUCCCGGUGCAGAGGUGGUUCCCCUUUCCCACCCAGGUGUUCUCAGAAAGCUCAGCCUUAAGGGAACACCCAGAGAGCUUCCCUAGAUAAAUUCCUCAGUCUAGGUGCUGAGACACACCUUCCCCAAGUGCUGUGGGGAGCAGGAGCUGGGGAGCUGUGUUAGCUGACAUAGAAACCCUCCAGUGUUUGAUUUUGUGUAGAGAGUAGGACAUAGGGAAAAAGAGGCCAAGCUGUCUGUAGUUAGUAGAGAAGAAUGGAUGUGGUUCUUCUUGUGUAUUUAUUUGUAUCAUAAACACUUGGAACAACAAAGCCCAUAAACACCAUUUAGCAGUUGUAGCCAUUUUCUAGUUAGUUCAUAUAAACAAGUAAGGGUAACAUAACAGUAUUACCCUUUCACCCUUCUCACAGGACAUGUACCUAAAUAUGGUACUUUAUUUAUGUAGUCACUGCAUUG